UUCCGCAGACUCGAACCUACACUACACUCUCGGCCAACUUAGUACUACCUCCGCCAGCAUGCGGUUCACCAAACCAGCAUGGGUCAUGCAUAAAGACUCCGCCAUGCGCGGGGACGAGAAACGCGUCUCCAUCUUCUCCUGCCACGUCCACCCGGACGGCUCGCGCAUCGCGACGGGCGGCCUCGACGCGAAAGUGCGCAUCUGGAGCACCAAGCCGAUUCUCAACCACGCCUCCGAGCUCUCCGGGCGCCCGCCGAAGUCGCUCAGCACACUCACGAUGCACACCGGGCCCGUGCUCGUCGUGCGCUGGGCGCACUCCGGCCGGUGGCUCGCGAGCGGCAGCGACGACGAGAUCGUGAUGAUAUGGGACCUCGACCCGACGGCGAGGGGAAAGGUGUGGGGCUCGGACGAGAUGAACGUCGAGGGGUGGAAGCCCCUGAAGCGACUGGUGGGACAUGAGAGCGAUGUAACGGACGUUGGAUGGUCGCCCGGAGACAGGUACCUCGCCUCAGUAGGGUUGGACUCAGCGGUGUUGAUCUGGUGCGGGUUCACACUAGAACGGCUACGCAAGAUUGACCAACACCAAGGUUUCGUGAAGGGAGUAUGUUGGGAUCCCGUCGGGGAGUUCCUGGCUACCGGUUCUGAUGACAGGUCCGUCAGGAUAUGGCGGACAACCGAUUGGGAGUUGGAGGCAGAAGUCAAGAAGCCCUUCGAUCACUCUCCCGGCACAUUUUUCCGACGCUUGAGCUGGUCUCCGGACGGCGCUCAUAUCACCGCCUCGAAUGCCACAAAUAACGAGGGCUAUGUUUUCAUUGCGGCUGUCAUUGCGCGAAAUUCGUGGACUUCGGAGAUUAGUUUGGUAGGGCAUGAGAACACAGUCGAAGUCGCGGCGUACAACCCGCAUAUCUUCCUACGGGAUCCAUCUCAACCGGUGACCGCCCCAAAUAUCUGCUCGGUGGUCGCCCUCGGAGCGGAUGAUCGAGCGGUGUCUGUUUGGCAAACGAAGGCGCCUCGCCCGUUGAUAGUUGCCAAGGAUGUCUUCGAGAGACAGAUCAUGGACUUGAGCUGGUCUACGGAUGGCCUUACGUUGUACGCAGUCUCGUCGGAUGGUACCAUGGCAGUAUUCAGUUUCGACGUCAAGGAGCUGGAGGGCAUCGCGCCUUCCUCCGCCCAGGAACAGUACCUCAAGCGGUUCGGCUUCACCGCGCCUCCCUUGCCCGAGGGUUUCUCCCAUCAGAUGGCCGCAGACACGGCGAAAGCCCAGGCCAAUCACCGUAUCACUCCUCCUCCGUCCCCACGCACACAGGGCCAGGACUUUGGGAGCGCCACGCCCGCCACGGUGCGGAACGGCGGGGAACAGAUCAACACGCUCAUCGCAAAGCGCAAGCCCAAGAAGCGCAUACAGCCCACUUUCGGCGGCUCGCUCUCUGGCGCAGUCCCCUCUUCCUCCACCAAUGGGGUCACGUCUUCAAAACCCGCCUCCAGAGCACCUCAGCGCGCUUUCCAAGACGUACCUUCCUCGAACCACGUCUCCAUCUCGGUACCGUCUACGUCGGCGCUCGCGUUGUCGGUGUCGCAGCCGUUCAGCGAGAGCGUCAGCGGCUUUGGGCUGGGAUUAAACACAGGGGAGGCCGACGACUACCCUAUGGACCUCGAUGGCGAGGUACGCAUCAGCUCGCUCGAGACGUUCGGCCAAAAUGGCAGGGGCAAGCGGAGGGCGGGAGAGGAUAUGGACGACCGUGCCGCGACGAAACCUCGGACGCUUGGGGGAGACCGGGUCAGAGAGAACGUCCCCGUGCGGCCUAUCGCAAGCCGGGGCGCUGCCGCGAUGGCCAUACCUGCGUUAUUGGCUGAGGGAUCGGGCAUAGCAGGUCGCCUCGAGCCUCCACAGCUUGUCACAUAUCUAAAGGCUGCAGUUGAGGGGAGCGAGGAUAUCUUCGAGGGACGGAAUGCUGAGGGAGAUGAUCCCAACGAGGUCAUAUUCGUGAGCGGAAAGCAGACACAGUGGCUCGACUACGUGCCGUCACCAAUCCUCGCAUUGGUCGCCACAACCACAUUCUGCGCCGUUGCGAUGCAGGAUGGUUCGGUGAACGUGUACUCACACACAGGCAGACGUUUGAUGCCUGCACUGAGCCUCGGUGUCCCUUGUCACGCGCUAGCUGGGUCUAAGAACAUGCUCCUGGCUCUGACUGUCUCUGGCAUGCUCUACGUCUGGGAUGUCCGUAAACAAGCCGCCAAAUUUUCUCCCGCAUCCAUCAAUCCCAUCCUCGCCGCCUCACCAAAUCUCACCAUCGCCUCCACGUCCAUCCGACCGAAUGGCGCUCCCGUGAUUCAGCUCUCUGACGGGGUCACGCACUCGUACGACCCGGCACUGCUGGCGUGGACGAAGCUCAGCGAGCCGUGGUGGGCAGAGGGUUCGGACGCAUGGCAGGGCCGCCAGCGGACAAACAACCAAUCUGCUGCGCGCGGGCCGGUCACGAUCAUCGAGGGGGCCAUCAGCGAGCGGAUGGCGGUCGACAGCGCGCGGGCGGAGAAGGUGCGGCCCGCGUGGUGGAGCGCCGCGCUCACGCUGGGCCACCUGGAGAGCAAGCUGCACGCGGCGAAGGCGCUGGACAGCCCACAGGAGUACAAGCAGGCGCUGCUUCUGUACGCGAAGCGGAUCGCGGACGAAGGGUUCAGAGCGAAGGCCGAGGAGCUUGCUAAGGAGCUCUUCGGGCCUGUAUAUUGGCGACCAAACCGCGACGAGGCGUGGUCUCCGACGACACUGGGCAUGCUGAAGCGCGACCUCCUCAAAGAGGUUCUCAACAUCUUCAUCCGGAGCAAGACGUUGACGAAGUUGGGUCAAGACUGGCAAGAGAUCAUGAAGAAGUCGCAAAGCGGGGAGUGACCGCUCGAGUGAUCGAGUUUUCCAUCUUGUUUAGCCAGGCUUUCUUAUUACUACGGGUAUUGUGUGAACAUGGCACUGACGCUGGUGCGAUGUGCUCUAGACACUCAUCGGCGCUGUGCUGGGUACUAUCGAGGGUACCGUCGGUUCCCCCUCUGGAGAAUUGAUCGCCAGCAAACCGAUGAGUUCCGAUGUUCGCCGUACUAUCCCGCCACCGGAUACUUAUGC